UCUCUGACCUUCAACCUCUCUCGGAAAAACUCACAGCGGCGCUCAAACUCAAAAAUAGGCCGAGACUCUCUCUCGCCGCCUCUUCAAUUUUGUAGAAUAUAUUAUAUUAUCCUCUUUCGUUUUUAUUGUUCCUGAAUCUAGGGUUUAGUGUUAGGGUUUCGAUCGGUUAUGGAUAGCGAAUCGGUUCAGCGGCAACAGAGGGAGUUGGAUCGGGUUAAGGGGCCGUGGAGCCCCGAAGAGGACGACUUGCUGAGGAAGCUGGUGCAGCGGCACGGCGCUCGGAACUGGACGCUGAUAAGCAAGUCGAUCCCCGGCCGGUCCGGCAAGUCGUGCCGGCUCCGGUGGUGCAAUCAGCUCUCGCCGGAGGUGGAGCACCGGGCGUUCACGGCCGAGGAGGAUGAGAUAAUCGCGGCGGCGCAUUCCAAGUACGGCAACAAGUGGGCCACCAUAGCCAGGCUCCUCAACGGCCGUACGGACAAUGCGAUCAAGAACCACUGGAACUCCACUCUGAAGCGGAAGUACUCGUCCAUGGCGGAAGACGGCGUCGUCGUCGGCGGCGGAGGCGGUUCGAUCGAGGAGCAUCAUCACCUCAGGCCGGAGAAGAAAUCCGCGACGGUUUCGGUGUCGGGCCGCGGAUACAGUCCGACGAGCCUGUCCGGAUCCGACGUCAGCGACUCCGGCGUGGUGCCUGCAGUGUCGUCGGCCCAGGUGUUCAGGCCAGUGGCGAGAGCUGUGUUGAGGACGGAGUCGCCGCCGAGCCAGAACGAAAUGAUCCACAAUGAACCGGAGCCGUCGACUCUGCUGACUCUGUCGUUACCUGGAAGGUACUCGACCGAGUUGGCGACUCGCCGAGAAGAAAGAACGACGUCGUUGCAGCAGCAGCAGCAGGAGGCUGAGAAUGAGAACAGAACGAUGUCGUUUGGGCCGGAGUUCAUGUCUUUUAUGCAGGAGAUGAUUAGGAAGGAGGUUAGGAACUACAUGGAUGACAUGAACGGUCUGCACUUUGGUAUACCCAAGCUUUCAUAAUCCCAAAAAAAAAAUAUAUCACACAGUUUUAUCUUUCUUAAUUAAGAUUAGAAAUCAGAAUUAGCAAAAUAUAGUUUUUUUUUUUUUUGAAUGAAAUAAUAAUGAGGGAAUGUACAGGCGGCCUGAGAAGAAGAGCUCAGUUAAGUAAUUUAUGUCUUUUGUUUUUUCUUUUAAAUUCUGUUAAGAGUAAAUUGAAAUCAGAUUCCAUGUUUGGUUUAAA